AUGCAUCCAGAAUUAGUAAAGUAUUCUCGAGAAACGGAUACAUCGUUAGCAAAAGCCAGGCAAGAAGACAGACAGAAUUUGUUUGCCUUAUAUCCAGAUAUGAAAAGAUUUGCUUUUGGCAGUGAAGAGGAAGAAGUUUACGACAACCUGGAUCAGGUCGAUGUCUUCCCCAAACAGCUUGGUGACAGAUUUUUAUUAAAAGUUGAAGAGUUGCAGCUCAAGUUACAAGCCAACGUAUCAGAUGAUGGAAUGUUGGAAAAUAUACAAAAUCCGGAGCCUUUCUUCAUUUCUUUUGCUCUCUAUGAUGCCAAAGCCGGUAAAAAGAUCACAGAAGAUUACCACGUAGAUCCUAACCAAAUGUCUGUUCGUGCUAUGGUCCCAACAGAGUUACUCCAAGCCUCUGACAGAUUGCAUACAGUUGAUGGCGUGAAGAACGCAGCACCAGAACUGUACAAUUUUGACAAAGAAUGGUUCCAUUCAAAGGACAGAAUAGGGAUUUUCUCAGUAACAGGUCGUCAGUCCAAUAUCUAUCUGUUUGCCAAAAUUGAGAAAGUGCUCCAAGGCAGUGUAUCGCAUUGCACGGAACCAUACAUGAGAUCCACAGACAUCAAGGUUGGGACAAAAGUGCAUCGACAAAUGAAGCUCUUCUGCUCUCGGAUCGGACAUCAUCGAAUGCCCUUUGCAUGGGCUGCAAAGUCUGUCUCUCUUCAGCCUGCCAGUGAGGCCACAAUGGUUCUCUAUCGACAGGAGAGUUCCAAGCUGUCUGAAGAAGAGAUAAUAAAAAGAUUACAAGAAAUGCGAAGACCAGAGAAGCAGAGUAAAUGGCAAGUUAUCCCAGGACACCUCAAGAUUCGCCUUGAACCCAUCGAUGAAGAUAUUCCAAACUGUCUAACUCCGUCAUUGCUGCCUGUGCAUAAUUUUCCUGAUCCUCCUGAUGGUCCACUUCAUAUUGAAGUGGAAGAAUUCCUGGAUGACAAAGGAGAAUUCAGUUCUCCGUUUUGUUCCUACCAGAAUCAUCUCUAUGUCUAUCCAAUCAGCCUUAAAUACGAUUGCCAGAAAACUUUCACAAAGGCCCGCAAUAUUGCCUGUUGUAUUGAAUUUAGAGAUUCUGAUGACGAAGGAGCCGUCCCAUUGAGGUGUAUCUACGGUCGACCUGGAAUGCCUAUUUUCACCACUGUUACUAGUGCCACAGUUUUGCAUCAUAACACUUCUCCAGAAUUCUCAGAAGAAGUGAAAUUGAACCUGCCAACCCAGCUCCAUGAGAAACACCACCUCCUCUUCCGCUUUUAUCAUGUCAGUUUGCAAUUUUUUCUCUUUCUUUUCUUUGUCACUUCCCGCUUUUUCCUCGUUUUUUCUUUCACUUUUCUCUCUUUCUUGCUUUUUCCCUUUCUCUUUUGUGUUUUUUCUCAUUUUUCUUUUUUUUUUAAUUUUUCUCUUUUUGUUUUUUUUUCUUCAUUUUGUUUUUUUCUUCUUCAUUUUUUCUUUUUUCUCUCUUUUGUCUUUCUUUUGUCUUUCUUUCUCUCUUUUUUCCUCUUUCUCUCUUUUUUCCUCUUUCUCUCUUUUUUCCUCUUUCUCUCUUUUUUCCUCUUUCUCUCUUUUUUCCUCUUUCUCUCUUUUUUCCUGUUUUUCUUUUUCUUUUUUACUUUUCUGUUUUUCUUUUUUUUUUUUUCUUUUCCUGUUUUUUUUACUUUUCUGUUUUUUUCUUUUAUUUUUUUUUUUUUCUUUCUCUUUUUUCUGUUUUCUUUCUUUUCUUUUCUGUUUUUCUUUCUUUUCUUUUCUGUUUUUCUUUUUUUUUUUUCUGUUUUUUUUUUUUUUUUUUUGUUUUUUUCUUUUUUUCUUUUUUUUUUACUUUUCUGUUUUUUUUUUUUUACUUUUCUGUUUUUUCUUUUUUUUACUUUUCUGUUUUUUUCUUUUUUUUUUCUGUUUUUUCUUUUUUUUUUUCUGUUUUUUUUUUUUUUACUUUUCUGUUUUUCUUUUUUUUUUUUUACUUUUCUGUUUUUAUUUUUUUUUUUUUACUUUUCUGUUUUUCUUUUUUUUUUACUUUUCUGUUUUUCUUUUUUUUUUUUUUCUGUUUUUUUUUUUUUUUUUUCUGUUUUUUUUUUUGACUUUUCUGUUUUUCUUUUUUUUGACUUUUCUGUUUUUUUUUUUUUUUUUUUUUUUCUUUUUUUUUUUUUCUUUUUUUUUUUCUUUCUUUUGACUUUUUUUUUUUUUACUUUUCUUUUCUUUUUCUUUUUUUUGACUUUUCUGUUUUUCUUUUUUACUUUUUUCUUUUUCUUUUAUUGUUUUUCUUUUUUUACUUUUCUGUUUUUCUUUCUUUUGACUUUUCUGUUUUUCUUUCUUUUGACUUUUCUGUUUUUCUUUCUUUUGACUUUUCUGUUUUUCUUUCUUUUGACUUUUCUGUUUUUCUUUCUUUUGACUUUUCUAUUGGUGUCUGAGUUUCCGGAUCCAUUACCUGUAGCAGCAAAUCUUCCACCUGGUUAUUUGUCACAUGAUUUAGCCGGGACAGGAAAGGUGGCAUGCCCUGAAAUCAAAUGGGUUGACAGUAAAAAGGAAUUAUUUAAGGUGCACUUGAGAUUGAAAUCUACAAUAUACACAAAGGAUCAGCAUUUGUACAAUUUUUUUGUCCACUGUCAAAAAUUGGAAAACAAUUUUUCUCCAAUGGUGGAGGCUGACACCAUCAACAAACUCAAGCCUGAAAAUGGCCGAAUUUCAGAUGACCCAGCACACCACCUAAAUGCCAUCAAGUCUUUACAUGCAGUGGAAGUUGGGACAUUUAUCAACUUUUUGCCAACCAUUCUCAAUCAGUUAUUCAGGCUGAUUGCAAGAACUCACAAUGAGGACAUUGCAAUGAAUGCAGCACGUGUCCUCAUUCAUAUUGUUUCUGAAGUACACAAUGCUGGUAAACCAGAAAUUUUACAGUCAUACGUGAAGUAUGUUUUCAAAACCUUACCCACCCCAAAAGGCACAAAAGUGAAAACGAUCCAUGAAGAACUGGCCAAAAAUUUGACCGUGAUUCUGCGGCCAGUCAAUGCUGAUCAGUUAGUUGUCAGCCGCUUUUUGAAACAUUCCCGGUUCUUCUUUGAGAUUCUCAUCAAAAGUAUGACACAAUAUCUUAUAGAAACAGAAAGGAUCAAGAUGCCACGAAAUGAAAGGUUUUCUUCCGAUUAUCAAUUUCGUAUUCAGAAUCUUAUCCAAGCAAUAUAUCCUCAUCUUUAUCAAAAACAAGAUGAUGUACUUGCCGAUGCUAAAACUGCUAAUCACAGUCUUGCUACAUUUGUUAAGCAUCUUUUUACCCUUAUUGACCGAGGUUUUGUGUUUCGCAUUAUUAGCACUUACAUGGAAAACUUCAGCGUUAGAGAUACAAAGAUGUUUCAGCAAAUGAAGUUUGAGUUUUUGAGAAUCGUAUGUAGUCAUGAGCAUUAUAUCCCACUCUGUUUGCCAUUGAUGAGGCGUGGACUCAUCAAGAAUUACAAAGAUGUGAAACAUGAUUACACGUUAUCUGAAGAAUAUCGAAAGAACCAUUAUAUGGCUGGCCUGCUACUUCAAGAACUCAAACUUGCAUUAUAUGACAGCAGAGAUGUGCACCGUUGUGCAAUUACAGUACUUAGGAACCAGAUUGCAAAACAUGCAUUUGAUGACCGCUAUUGUGCUAAGGGUCACCAGGGACGUAUCGCUGCUCUCUACUUGCCGUUUAUUCCAAUUCUUCUGGAAAGCAAAGACAGGCUGCUGGAUAACGCAGACGUGUCUGGAACUGCUGGACUGCAUGCUUCCUACCAGAACAUCGACUUGAGUUCCAGCAACGACUGCCUCAACCAGUCUGAUCCACAACACAAGAGUGUUACAGGCAUUGACCAAAUUCAGAAAAGGGAUUCGUCCUAUUUUGAUGUCAUUGCUGGCCGAGCAACCCAACCGUCUCUCAGCCAACUGAAUCUUGGUGACCCUGAGCAACUUCAGUUGGUCGCAUUACAACAGUCUAGUCUUGUUAUUCAAGCUGCACGAGGAAACCACAUGUCUGGUUCAAGGGCCCAAUCAAUGGGAGGUCCUGUUCAAAGCAAUAUGUAUAACCGAUAUGAUAAAUUAGAUUCUUCUGAGGUCAAAGAUCUUCUUGUUUGCUUCCUGCAUAUUUUGAAAUAUUUACCAGAAGAUAUCCUUUUGGGGUGGUUCAAUAAUUCUUCUGAACAUAAUAUCAUUGAUCUAUUUUCACUUUUGGAACUUUGUUUACAUCAGUUUAAAUAUGUUGGGCGUCGAAAAAUUAUUACAUUGAGCACGAUAGGAGACAGUCGCAAAGCCAUGACAGCACCUCCUUCCUCACACAAGUCUUUGACAGUAGGAGGAGGAAGUGGAGGAGGUAAUGGAAUGUUACAUCAAAGAACUUAUAGCCAAUGUCAGGACAGUCAAACAGACUUGUUUCACGUUCAUUCUUCUUCUGGAGCAAUGGCCAUCCUCAAAGCUUUACAAGAAGCCAACAUGGCAACUGAAGUUGGUAUUAUCGUCCUAGACAUUCUCAGCCUUUAUUGCAAUACAUUCAAGAAACAACUUGAACAUAAAGAUGGAGACAAUAAAUUGAUGAGAAAAGUUUUUGAUCUUCUUUUGUCUUUUCUACAAACAAGUCAGUCAGAAACACUGCAAAAACACGUUUUCUCCAUUUGGAGAGCUUUCAUCAGAAAAACUUUUUUUUUGGCAAGCAGACCUAUUGGCCUUUCUGUUCACUUUUUUUUUUUUUCUCUUUCUCUUUAUAAUUUAUUCUAUCCUUCUCUCUCUCUUUCCUUCCUUUCCAUAUCUCUCUCUUCUUCUCCUUCUCUCUCUCUUCCUUCUCUCUCUCUCCUUCCUUCUCUCUCUCUCCUUCCCUCUCUCUCUCCUUCCCUCUCUCUCUCUCUCUCUCUUCCUCUCUCUCCUCCUCUCUUCCCUCUCUCCUCCCUUCUCUCCUCUCUCUCUCCCUUCUCCCUCUCUCUCCUCCCUUCUCCCUCUCUCUCUCUCCUUCUCCCUCUCUCUCCUUCCUUCUCUCCUCUCUCUCCUUCCUUCUCUCCCUUCCUUUAUCUCUCUUCCCACUUCUUUCCUCCUUUUUCAUUCCUCUCCUUCCUUCCUUCCUUCUCUCCCCCCCUCCUUCCUUCUCUCCUCCCCUCUCAUCUAUUUCUUUUCAUCUUUUUUUUUCCUUUCAUCUCUCUUCUGACAUCGUUUUUGCAUGCAUCUUCUACAUUUCAGGCUGUGUUGUUUAAGGGCAAUGCAAAGCUCUGUGGGGACCUCUGCUACGAGAUCUUACGUUGCUGUAACUCUCGACUCAGCACAACACGCAAAGAGGCUUGUGCAUUACUUUAUCUUUUAAUGAGAUCAAAUUUUGAAUUUAGUAAGAAAACAAGUUUCACAAGAGUGCAUCUUCAGGUGAUAAUAUCUGUGUCUCAGCUCAUUGGUGAUGUGGUGGGAAUCUGCAAUUCAUAUUUUCAAGAAAGCUUAGUGAUGGUUAACAAUUAUGCAAAAAGUGACAAGGCUAUGCAGAAAACCAGUUUCCCUCAUGAAGUAAAAGAUUUAACAAAGCGUAUUCGGACAGUCUUGAUGGCAACAGCUCAACUCAAAGAACAUGAGAAGAACCCUGAAAUGUUAGUUGACCUGCAAUACUGUCUGGCAAAAUCCUAUGCCAGUACACCAGAACUUCGCAAGACUUGGUUGGAAUCCAUGGCUAAAGCUCAUAUUCGGACUCAGGAUUUUUCAGAGGCUGCCCAUUGCUAUAUCCACAUAAGUGCCCUCGUAUCUGAAUAUCUCCGAAGGAGAGGUAAGCUGAUUUUCAUUUUUCUUUUUUUUUUUAAAUUACUUCCUUUCUCUUUUCUUCUUUUUUACUUUCUUUCUCUUUUCUUCUUUUUUACUUCCUUUCUCUUUUCUUCUUUUUUACUUUUUCUCUUUUCUUCUUUUUUACUUUCUUUCUCUUUUCUUCUUUUUUACUUUCUUUCUCUUUUCCUCUUUUUUACUUUCUUUCUCUUUUCCUCUUUUUUACUUUCUUUCUCUUUUCCUCUUUUUUACUUUCUUUCUCUUUUCCUCUUUUUUACUUUCUUUCUCUUUUCCUCUUUUUUACUUUCUUUCUCUUUUCCUCUUUUUUACUUUCUUUCUUUUUCCUCUUUUUUUUUUUUCUUUUUCCUCUUUUUUACUCUUUUCUCUUUUCCUCUUUUUUACUUUUUCUCUUUUCCUCUUUUUUACUUUCUUUCUCUUUUCUUCUUUUUUACUUUCUUUCUCUUUUCUUCUUUUUUACUUUCUUUCUCUUUUCUUCUUUUUUACUUUCUUUCUCUUUUCUCCUUUUUUAUUUGCUUUCUCUUUUCUCCUUUUUUAUUUGCUUUCUCUUUUCUCCUUUUUUAUUUGCUUUUUCUCUUUUCUCCUUUUUUAUUUGCUUUCUCUUUUCUCCUUUUUUAUUUGCUUUCUCUUUUCUCCUUUUUUAUUUGCUUUCUCUUUUCUCCUUUUUUAUUUGCUUUCUCUUUUCUCCUUUUUUAUUUGCUUUCUCUUUUCUCCUUUUUUAUUUGCUUUUCUUUUCUCCUUUUUUUUCUUUUCUUUUUUUUUAUUUGCUUUCUCUUUUCUUCUUUUUUAUUUGCUUUCUCUUUUCUUCUUUUUUAUUUGCUUUCUCUUUUCUUCUUUUUUAUUUGCUUUCUCUCUUUUUCUUCACCAGUCACUCACAAAGUAUAA